ACUCAGCGGACAGAAGACGCACGUCGGGCUGCGGAUUCCUCCUCGCAGGCGGCUGCUCCUGGUUCUGUCACUUGCGCCCGGUGGAGGACCCCGUGAGCCCCAGCGUCUGCCUGGCGGCGGUGGCAACAAUGCACGGAACUUCCCGCACUUCGGCCACCAGCGUGAACGCUGACUGCUGCAUCCCGGCUGGCUUGCGCCUUGGGCCGGUGCCUGGCACCUUCAAGCUGGGCAAGUACCUGUCAGAUCGCAGGGAACCAGGGCCGAAGAAAAAGGUGCGCAUGGUGAGAGGGGAGCUGGUGGACGAGUCAGGGGGCUCUCCCCUGGAGUGGAUAGGGUUAAUCCGGGCAGCCAGGAAUCCCCAGGAACAGACUCUGGAAGCUAUUGCAGACCUACCAGGAGGACAGAUCUUCUAUCGGGCAUUGCGAGAUGUCCAGCCAGGCGAAGAGCUAACUGUGUGGUAUUCUAACUCCUUGGCUCAGUGGUUUGACAUCCCUACAACUGCGACUCCGACUCAUGAUGAGAAAGGGGAGGAGCGCUACAUCUGCUGGUACUGCUGGAGGACCUUUCGAUACCCGAACAGCCUCAAGGCACACCUGCGUUUCCACUGCGUGCUCAGCGGCGGCGGGGGCCGCGCCUUCCUGCCUCAGGAGCACGCGGCCCGGCCGGGCGCUUCCCCGGUGGCAGAAGGCCUCGGCCUCCCUCCGAAACCCACUGCCCCGGACUUGACGGCGCCCGUCCAGGCAGCCGCUCUGCGGCCUCAAGCCCAGGCCGCUCAGCUCUCCCAGGCGUGCGGGACGAGGGAGAGCAUCAAGCGGGAGGCUUCCCUGGCGCCCCUGGCCUCCUCCCCGCCUCCCGGCAAGUGGGGGACGCCGAAGAAGGGCAAGGAGCAGCCGGACCGCGCUCACAGUCACUUCCUGGGGAUCGUGGGCGGCUCCUCAGCCGGCAGCGCAGGCCUGCCCUUCUACCCUGGCGUGCGCUCCGCAUUCAAGCCGGCCGGCCUGGCCCGGGCCGCUGCGCAGAGCGACCCCUACCGGGAAGAGGGCGGCGGCAAGGGGCCCGGGCUGGGGCUAGGCCGGCUGCUGGGCGGGGGCCGGGCGGCCGGGCGCCCGGGCAGUGGGGAGAGCCCGGCGGGCCACCACCACCAUCACCACCACGCUCACCACCACCACCACCACCACCCCAAGUGCCUGCUGGCCGGGGAGCCGCCGCCCGCCGGCCUGCCGUGUCCUGGGGCCCUGCGGGCCUUCCCCCUGCUCGCCGGCCACCCGGAAGAGGCGUCGGCCUUCAAGCACGUGGAGCGGGCUCCGCCUGCCGCGGCCACGGCCGCCUCGCUGCCCGCCGCGCGCUACGCCGCUCUCCCGGCUCCCGGGCUCCCCGUGGAGCGCUGCGCGCUGCCGCCCCUCGACGCCGGCAGCCUCAAGGCGUACCCCGGGGGCGAGUGCAGCCCUCUUCCCGCCGUCAUGCCGGCCUUCACGGUGUACAGCGGAGACCUGCUCUACGGCCCGCCCGCCACCUAUUACCCUCUCAAGCUGCACUUGGGCGGGCUGCUCAAAUACCCGGAGUCCAUCUCCUAUUUGAGCGGCCCCGCGGCGGCGGCGGCGGCAGCAGCGGCAGCGGCGGCGGCGGCGGCGGCGAUCGGCCCGACUGAGCUGGGUUCCCUGGCCAGUAUCGACCGCGAGAUCGCCAUGCACACGCAGCAGCUGUCCGAGAUGGCAGCCGGGAAGGGUCGUACCCGCCUGGACUCCGGGACGCUGCCUCCAGCCGUAGUGGCGGCGGCAGGCCCCGGGGGUGGCGGCGGUGGCGGCGGUGGCGGGGGCGCCGCAGGCAAGGCCAAGACGGGCCACUUGUGCCUCUACUGUGGCAAGCUGUACUCGCGCAAGUACGGGCUCAAGAUCCACAUGCGGACGCACACGGGCUACAAGCCGCUCAAGUGCAAGGUGUGCCUGCGGCCCUUCGGCGACCCCAGCAAUCUCAACAAGCACAUCCGACUCCAUGCGGAGGGCAAUACGCCCUACCGCUGCGAGUUCUGCGGCAAGGUGCUGGUGCGCCGCCGAGACUUGGAACGUCACGUCAAGUCCCGCCACCCAGGCCAGAGCCUGAUCGCCAAGGCGGGCGACGGCUCGGGCGCGGAGCCCGGCUAUGCUCUGGAGCCUGGGGAUCCCAAGAGCGAGGACAGUGAUGUGGAUGUCUGCUUCACUGACGACCAGAGCGACCCUGAGGCUGGGGGCCGUGGCGAGCACGACUCCUAAUGCGCCUUCCAGGGAAGGAGCAGGGACUUGGACAGAGUAGAGUGAAGUGGUGACAAGAAGGACUUGGUUGAUAUUGUCCCAGUUCUGGGGAUGGUGUCGGAUUAGGAACAGGGAGCCGCUCUCCAGUUCUGGAGCAGAGUUUAAGGAUGGGUUAAAGAAACACAGCCAAUAAACAACCCAUACAUAGGUCUUGGGUCUCCAUCAAGCAGGCCCCUAGACUCUGGCAUAGUCUCUCAUCCUGAAAGCAUUCUGGUGUUGAGGUUCAGGAUCACAUCAAUAUAAGUAUCUCAGUGCCGUCAAAGGUGAUGAUUUUUACUGCCACGCAAUUUUAAAACGUUCUUUUCUGUGGAGGAAAUCGUGCCUUUUGAAAAGAUGUUCUGCGUGAAUUUUAUGUUAAGUAUUUCACUGCAUAGCAAGCAAAACAGUAGAUGUGACACCCGCACACCUGUUUCCGUUUUAUAUCUGUUCUCCUGUCAGAGAGCACUCCUUGCCACAUUGAGUGUACUGUGGUAGUGGAUGUAUAAAUUGGUCAAGCUGCAAUUAUUUAUGAGAGAAUAGUGAUAAAUGUAAAAUAACGCAUGAAUAUAAGAGCACGCAAUAUAUAAAUUUAAAGAUGCCCUAUUUGGUAGCAUCCAAAUGUUUAUGUUGUUUUAUAAUGAAUGAUGUACAGUGAAUAUAGUACUUUGCCCUUGCUUCCGUUUUGUGCAAUCGUUAAGAAUAAUAAAGAUGCAAAUGAGCAUUCUAUUACUUGGCUACUUCAGAGGACCCUUUAAAGACACAGUUUAAUUUGAAAACAACCUCUGAGGAGACUUGACAACAACAUAAGUCACAGAAGAUUUAUAUUAUUUGCAGAAUUAAUGUUAGUCAGAGUUGUAUGGAGAACAGGAAAGAACUCACUGUUUUCUAAAACUAUUGUUAACCAUGCUAAGUGUUUUUAUGUUCACUUCAAGAUACACACACACACACACACACACACACACACUCCUUUACAUAUGAUUGGGGAACUAGAAUCAGUAUUUCUUGUUUGCCAUUUUGACAGAUUUUUACCAUGGAGAUACAUAAGAGGAAAUUUGCUCAAGACAUAUCACAAGUCAUACACAUUAGUAUUCAUUCAACAAACACUAAAGGAGGGCCUAUUUUAUUAAAGAUGCUUAAGUCCCCUCCCUCAUUUGUACUUCCAACAACUUUGUGCUGUCAGUUUUGGUCCCAUUUAACAGAAGAAAAAAAUGUCACUUGAUCACAGUGUAUGGGACAAUAACUAGAAUAACAAAAUUGUUAGCAGUGACUGCAUUCACUAUGUUCAAGAAGUGUGGCUGGAUAUACAUCCCAGGAAUGUUUCCCCCUCUCCUUUUAGAAGGAAGAAUUAGGCUUUUAGUUAAAGGUAGUUACACUGAGGGCAGAGGUGUGCAGCAAUUUUAAGAGUUGAUUUAAAGAAUUUGCUAGCUUACUAGAAGCUCUGGACUCUGAUGACCAUGUUCAUCCAAUCAUGUCCUUUGAGUCCUGAAUCCUGACUGCUUUGCAAAUCCCCACUGCUAUCCCUGAUUGGAAACACUGCUGUGGCCACUAGGUGGUUGCCAGGAAAGCCCCCCCACCCCCACCCCUUUCUCUUUUCUUCUUUCUCUUCCUCCUUUCUUUUUCUUUUCACUCUUUCUUUUGGCAUAUCACAACCAAGAACAUAUGGUUUCUAUUAAUGGUGAUCUUCAAAAAGAUUUCUUCUCUGAGAAGAUGUGAAGAUGUGUGCUGGAACAUAUAGGCUUUUAGUGUAAGCUGGCUAGAUAUUGUUUUCUAGUGUAAGAGAAAGCAUAAAGGGGUGUGGGGAGACAGACACACAGACACACAGAAAGAGAGACAGAGAAAGACAAAGACAGAGAAAGACAGAGACAGAGAGGCAGAGACAACUCUAGUGGACCUAAUGGUAAAUGUACAUUUGUUGAAGAACUACUUGCAUUUUGCAUUUCAUUUUCAGAACCACCCUGUUGUUUAUUUGACCCUGUGUUACAAAUGAAGACACUGUAACAACAGAGGGUCUGACCCAGAAUGUGACAAUUGUAACUAUCAGAGACAAAACUAAAAUUCAGGUGCAUCUAAUGUAUUUAAAUUAGCCAAUUUAAAUUUCCUCUCCUUGAAGCAGGUAGAGGAUGAUCUUGAUACCCAAGAUUUAUCAUUUGCUUGCUAAACUUACAUUUCCAUAAUUCAGUUUUUCACUACCAGUUUGGAGAUCGUAUUUUUGUACUUUGUAGUCUUGUCUUUUGUAACAAUUGUCACUUGAAAGCAGAUUCAUCCUUGGGUAGAAGGUUGAAAAGAUUUUUUCCUUCUGAAGUCAGAUCUUGUCAGUGCUCAGGGAAAGUGAGACAGGCUCCCAGAUAUGAAACACAGGGAAUAUUAUAUGAACUAUAUUUCCUGCACCUUAUUUCCCUAGUUCAGUUGUAAUUGUAAUUCUUGUUUAGUGGGAAAAUAGACAAUAAACAACCAAGAUAAGAAUUGUUUGGUUAAAUGAAAUACAUGGAGAAUUGAAAUGAUAUCAUAAAACAAAACCACAGCCACCUGUUUCUUCCUAUUAGACUAGAUUGCAACAUUAAAAAUAGAACAAUUAAACAUAGAUUUACAAAGCUCUUAAUUGCAGCUUGUUUGUAAUUCUCUAUAGGUUGACUAAGACAACCCCCCAUUUGUUCAUGCUCGAAUUCUAACUACAUAGAUAAUUACCGUCAUUGUUUAUCUCUACGUCAUAGUCAAAUCAGUAAAACACAGUCAGCUAAAUGAGCCCCCCCCCCCACUCUGUCCCCCUGAGACAGGAUUUUGCUAUGUACCUUAGACUGGUCUUGAACUCGGGGAAAUCCUGCCUCAGUCUCCCUUUCUUUUUACUCCCAUUUACUCAACAGCUUUUACCUUGGAGAUGGUAGGUCAUUCUUAGAGCAAAGGCACUGAAUAUUUUAAAGAUUUUAACAGAAUAUCAAUCUUAAAAGAAAAGGAGGGCAGGUCAUGCCUUUUAGAAGCGAAAGCCUCCAGAUUGCUUGGUUUUAGUUAAUUUGGAUAUUGAAAAGUUUUGCUAAUUUAAGUACAUCAGAUGCACCUGGAUUUUAGUUUUGUCUCUGAGUUACAAUGGUCACAUUCGGGGUCAGACUGUCUAUUGCUACAGUGUCUUCAUUUGUAACACAGGGUCAAAUAAGCAACAGGGUGGUUUUGAACAAUAAGAGGUGAUACUAGUAAGUGGCUAAGCAUUCUGCAGGGUGCACUGAAAGCCCUCACUCCUACUCUAGUAAGAAUCUACUUUCAUUUAAAAGACCCCACUGUAAGGAGAAGGGCUGAUGCAGGGUUUUAUACGCAUUGGCAGCUUGCACAGGACACCAGCUUUGUUCUUCCAGCCCCUGGUGAAGUCACAUCAAUUUCAGUAAAUAGAGGCUUUCGACACUUGGAGAAACUUCAGACCUCUUGCUCGGUUUCCAUUGUAAGUCCCGGAGCCAGUUCCAGAGACUCAUGGCAUGGAGAGAAUGCUGUUUUCGUUUCCAGUUACUAAGUUUUGAAAAGCUUGCUGGACUCUGAGGGUUGAGCUUAAACAGAAGCACAGGGGAGAGGCGAAUAAGUGCACACCUCCUUUCUUUAGACUCCUCUUAGUCUUAGACAAGACUUCAAGAAGUGCGGAAGGUCUGGCAGUGCUGGGGAAAGUGGCGUUACUCUAAGCUCAGUACAAAUGAAUGGUUAGCGCUGUGGCCGGCCGGAACUGAGCCAAACAGAGCCGGUCAUUGUCGUUAUUCCUAGAGCCCCCAUUGGCUCAUCCUUUGCAUCCAGGCUGCUAUUGGUGAUAGACUCAAAGUGUGCUGGAGAUUAGGUUGCAGCACCUGGGUCUUGGGUGGCGUCAGACUUGGGGCUUCGUGUGCUAGCGGCUGUCAACCUGAGUCCUUUAGCGACCCAGCUUCGCUUAAGUUUCAGAGAGGAGUUUCCGAAUUGGGUAAUGGAAUGGGAAUUUCACCACUUUUGGGAGCACAGCCCUGGAGCCCCAGGAGAAAAUGUGCUUGAAAAGCCGCAGAGACUCGCAGCUGGACGAGGGGUCUCAGCCCAGCGUGUUCCUGGUCUGUGUCCUGCCCGGCUGCAGCAAGGAUCUGCGCACCAGAGCCCUGCGCCCUUGCCAUCUGCCGCCUCCCCAAAGAGAAGAAGGCAGAGGCACCCGCACUGUCGAGGUUAUAUGUGACCCUUGACCACCCAGGUGUGAGCAGCACAGGGAGGAUUCAAAAGACUGCGCAGCCCAAGCCUGAAGGAGCGCUCGGCUAGCUCACUAGGUGACCUUCCUAUAAAAGAUGAAAAGAGAGCUUCUGCCAUCUGCAACUAUAGCUUAAUUCAAGUUAGAGAAAACGUGUGACAGACUUGUUAAUGCCUUCGACUUGGAAACCAACGGUCCUUCAGAAGGGACCAAGACUGGGUGGAUAGCCCCUUUAAAAACUUCAUUUUCAGUACAAUAUGUUAUUUAAAUUCAAGCAUUUUACGUAAAUAGAUAAAAACUUAAAAGACAAGUUUAUUGAAAAAUGUAAAAGUCAUAUCAUCAAAGGUAAAAUUGGUUAUUUGAGUUAAGUAAAGGCCAGCGUUUCACCUACUGUGAAUAAAUUUAAAUGUUCGUCUAAAAUGAAA